AUGCUCUCUGUGGGUGUCCGUCCGAGACUUUGGCAAAGGCAGCGCAGUUGGGGUAGGGGUUCCUCCGUCUCCUCCUUCUCCGCCUCGAAAGCGCCAUGGCCGCUCGGCACCGCUCUGUUGCCUCGUUCCGUCGUUGGUGAUGAUGAACUGAAUCGUCUUGAUGGUGUCCCGGAGUUGUCGUCGUUUAUUACAGCGCCCGGCGCUAGUCAAGAGCUGAACCUCGGAAAUCACGCACACUGGUACACUCGUUGGGCCGCGCCCGCGCCCGCGCCCGCGUCGCCGUCCCUCCGCCCCGCUCCCCCCCCCCGUGCCAUCUGCUUCUUCCCGUCUUUAGACGAGCCAUUUUCUAUCGGGGAUCAGAAUGAGACCGAACUAGUCUCGCUAGUUGGCCAGGUAGACGAGAAAUUGGCUAACGAAAUCGACACUGACCUCCUUCGUCUUCCGUCUCUAUAUCUUGUCGCCUGCUUGGCAACCAUUCUUUUACUCACAUGCUUCUCCUUGACCGUGGCCAGCCUCAACACUGGCCGAGCCAUGUCACGCAAAAAACGCCACGGCGCGAACCUCUCCCACCACUUCACAUCCAUGCCCACCUCGGCCAAUCGCAACUGGCUAAAAUGA